CGGAACGCGUCCUGGAAAGAACCAAAAAGUGUCCCUUCAGUGUUAUAUGCACUCUUGUGCUGCCAUUUUCCUCACUCGAUUGGAACCACUCUAGUGCCGUAAACAGGAACACCACACCAUGACAUCCCAUGAACCCUCAUCCUCAAAACUAUGGAAUUACGACGUGUUCGUGAGUUUUAGAGGCGAAGAUACACGCAAUGGCUUCACGGGCCACCUUCACGCGGCAUUACAAGACAGGGGCUUCCAUGCCUUUAUUGAAGAGGACAAUCUGAAAAGAGGGGAAGAAAUACAACCCGAAAUGUUGCGGGCAAUCGAAGAGUCCAGAAUCUCGAUCAUUGUCUUCUCAAAGCAUUACGCGGAAUCAGGAUGGCUUCUUGACGAGCUGGUGAAGAUCAUGGAAUGUAGAAAAAAGCUGGGGCAAAAGGUUUGGCCAAUAUUCUAUGAUGUCCAUCCUGCAGAAGUGAGGAACCAGCAGAGUUAUAUUGCCGAAGCAUUUCAGAGGCACGAAGAGCGCUUCCAUGAAGAAAGGGUAAAGCAGUGGCGAGAGGCUCUUACUGACGCUGCAAAUUUGUCUGGCUACUAUCUUAAUAACGGGAAUGAAGCAAAGCUUAUUAGGAGAAUUGUUCAGAACGCAAUUUCAUCAGUUAACAUGGCAAAUCCAGUAGAGUGGAUCUUUCUAGUAAGUAGCCUUUGCAUGGAGAUUUUAUCAGCUGCUUGUGAUCAGGCUUCGUCCCCAAAUAGGCCUCGGUAUUCACUGUUCGGUAUGCUCCUUGCUAUAGCAGCUCUUCUCACUUGCAUAUGGGAGCUGAUUUACAAAGGUAGGAAAAAAGAUGUGGGAUGGAGGAAGAGGGGAUGUUACAUGCUUUUUGGUUAUGCCAUUGAAACUUAUGGUUUAGUCGGAGGCAUCGCUCAGUGUGUUUGCUCAAUAAUUCAAUAUGUUUAUUACAUUCGGCGUGCUGAUACUCCUAUCAAAAUGUCCCUUUUGCCUGCCCUCUUUCUUAUAUGUUUGAUUACAGCGAGAUUAAGUAGGAAACAAAUGCAGACCAUAGAUGAGACCAAUGAGCAUAUAGCUUAGACAAAGACUGAUUGUGUUGUAAACAUUUAAAUUGUGAUCGUUUGUUUUGUAGCUUAAUCAAGUUCAGAAGAUUAUAAAAGCUAAAGGAUUUUACGUGCUACGUAGAAAAGUAUAUAUGUGUGAAAAAAUUAUCCUAUCUGUGCAAAUUUCUCUCUUUUCACU